AUGCUCGAGGAUCCGUCGUACUCGCAAAUUGUUCGCUGGGGAGACGACAAUGACAGCUUUGUCGUAUUAGAGUGCGAAAAAUUCACCAAAUCAAUACUUCCGAAGCACUUCAAACAUAGUAAUUUUGCGAGCUUCGUCCGACAACUCAACAAGUACGACUUCCAUAAAGUCCGCCAAAAUAAUGAAGAGUCUGGUCAAUCACCCUACGGACCCAAUGCUUGGGAGUUCAAGCACCCCGAGUUCAAGGCCAACAACAAAGAAUCGUUGGAUAAUAUUCGGAGGAAAGCCCCAGCGCCACGAAAACCCGCCCAGUUGAACGAGGAAACAUUCCAUACCCAACAGUUCGACAUGCUGAACCAGCAACUUGUAGCUCAGGCCCAGCAGUUUCAACAGUUAAGCGAUCGUUUCUCACAAUUGGCUUUGGAAAAUCAAAUGAUGCAAACUGAAGUCCGGAGAGUUCAGAAAUCUAUGUUAAGCCACGAGCAGGUUCUCCACUACAUGAUGAACUACCUGCAUGGCGUCGAUGCACGACACAAACGAGAGAGCAGACCACAGGUGUCGUUCCAGGGGACCACCGGGCCAGACUUAAGCCCUUCCCAAGUUGCACCGGCUGAAGAGGAGGCGGCCUCUCCUUUACAGCAAGCCAGCAAAAUUCUGAGCGAGCUGAGCAACGAAAUCCAAAUGAACUUGGGUAGUCUGGAAUCUAUGACCGACAUUCAAAGUCGGCUUCCCGGAGCCGCCCCCACGCCGCCUCUUGAUCAGACUCAGCGGAAUGGAACGAUAAGGCCUCCCACUUCCUCUGGCUCCACAUCGUCACUGGGAUAUUCUAAGCUAAAUGGCGAACUGGAACAGCUGGUUUAUCCUGUUGGUGCUUCCAAUGGGAUUGAACCACUGUAUAGCGAGCAUGUUAACAACAUUCCGUAUUCCUUCCCCCCUAAAGAGCUCGAUCCUAAUGACCCAAGGCGACAAUACGUGGAUGGACGCAAGAAGAGCAUCUCGAUGGCCUCGAAGCCGUUAAUAAAAUACCAGAAGGUUCUAAAUACGAUCUCAUCUUGA